AUGAGGCAGGCGUGGUGGUUGGCAUAUGGUGCCGUCGGCAAGACGUGCUUACUGAUUUCGUACACCACGAAUGCUUUUCCUAGCGAAUACGUCCCGACGGUAUUUGACAACUACACGGCUAGCGUGAUGGUGGAUGGACGGCCAGUGAAUCUAGGACUCUGGGAUACCGCUGGACAAGAGGAUUAUGAUCGGUUGCGUCCGCUUUCGUAUCCGCAGACAGACGUCUUUCUCAUAUGUUUCUCAAUUGUGAGUCCUUCGAGUUUUGAGAACGCCAAGACCAAGUGGUGGCCGGAGGUGUCGCACCACGCACCCGAUACCCCCAUUCUCCUCGUUGGCACGAAGUUGGAUUUGCGGGAGGACCCUGAGAUGAAUGCGCGCUUGCGUGACCGACGUAUGGCCCCCAUCACGUACAGCCAGGCAGUCCAGAUGGCGAAGGAAAUUCGGGCUGUACGAUAUCUGGAAUGCUCGGCCCUAACGCAGAAAGGGCUCAAAGGUGUAUUUGAUGAAGCUAUUCGAUGUGUACUGUCGCCCGCACCUGUCAAGCGAAGGAAAGCAAGCAACUGCUUGGUUCUAUAG